AUGGGCAAGGCAAAGACUAUGUUUCGCUCCCUGGUCGAGCGCGUGUCUGGCCCUACCGCGCCAGAUGCUCUCAAGCCGCGAGGAGAUGGAUUCAGCACAGCCAAAGGCUACGAGGCCUUGUUCCCGCCCACGAGACCGGACGUAGACGGCGAUGACUGCUUGCACGACUGCGCGAGCUGCUCAAUAUCCUACCCCAAGAAGUUCAAGAUCGAUGACGAGGACCACCUAUACGGCGCCAUCAAUGGCUGGAGCCGACAUCUGAUUGUUGCGACUGGCAAGACAGACUGGGUGCGGAGUGUCGAAGAUGAGAAGGACAGUGUUAUGGAGGCUGUUGGGAAGCAUGGUGGUGAUGUUGAAGGAGGGAAGCUGAUGCUCAGUGCGAGCAAUAUUCCGCUACCAGAAGAUCUGAAGGGGCAGCACGAUAGUCCAUAUGGACCGGAUCGACCGACUACAGUUCUGCUCAUGCCGAGUUUUACAUACGUCGACCACGUCACGCCCAAACAUGUGCCUGACCUGAUCAAAAGCGUCAUCAACACCGCUCCAACCAACACCACGCCUUUGCCCUCCGAUACCUUAGAUUCGAACGGCUCUCUCACGAAUGGCUCAACUGCGCCUCAUAUACCGCUGCCAACCCCUCCACAAAACCUCCCAGCAGGCCUCUCGUUACGGAGUUGCCCUCACAAAUACAUCAUCCUGCUCUGCUCACAAGCGACCCGCGACGCUCGCUGUGGGCAGUCGGCACCUCUUCUUCGCAAAGAACUCGAACGUCAACUGCGACCGCUGGGCCUCUACCGCGACCUUGACGAUGAGCGGCCAGGAGGUGUAGGAAUAUACUUCAUAUCUCACGUCGGCGGUCACAAAUACAGCGCCAACAUGAUGGUCUAUCGAAAGUCUGAGCCAAGAAGGACGGUGCAGGAGCAGAUGGAGAAUGGCGGUGGAGAUCAGCAAGAGAUGAAUGGGGUGGGAGGAAAGGGAGGAGAAGACGGCGAGGCAGCACAAUGCAUCUGGCUGGCGAGAAUACGACCCGAAGACAUUGAGAAUGUGGUGAGGUAUACUGUGCUUCAGGGCAAGGUUGUGAAGCCUGAUCGGCAGCUGCGAGGAGGCUUUGACAGAGAGAAAGGAAUCGUGAGUUGGUAA